UCCCCCCCUCGCCUCUUACCCCUCCCUCUCUCACACACACACUCGCUCCGUCAGCUCAGAAGUUUCACUCAGUGGCUGGGAGCAGCGCUCUGUCUGUUACUCGCCGUUCCCCGUUCACCAUCUCCGGCAGGGAAAGGGGUUUACAACGCGGACACCCGAGGCGUGUGACUGUCGCCUUGUAUCCGCUAUGGGUCUGGACGGGUGUAACUGACGAGUGACCCCUGUGUGUGUGAGUGAGAGAGAAAGAGAGAGAUUCCUCUUGUUACACACACACCCACCCCUCUCUCAGUGAGUCUGACAAUGGGUUGUUGUACCGGCCGCUGUUCCUUCAUCUUCCUCUGCAUUCUUCAGCUGCUUGCUGCUUUGGAGAGACAGAUAUUUGAUUUCCUGGGCUAUCAAUGGGCUCCCAUCCUGGCCAAUUUCUUGCACAUCAUUAUUGUUAUCCUUGGCCUUUUUGGGACAAUUCAGUACAGACCUCGUUACAUUGUGGUGUACGCUGUUUGGACAGCUCUGUGGGUGACCUGGAAUAUAUUCAUCAUCUGCUUCUAUUUGGAUGUAGGGGGUCUGUCAAAGGAAAGUGACCUCCUGACAUUUAACAUAUCCGUGCAUCAUUCAUGGUGGAGUGAACAUGGACCGGGCUGUGUGAGGAGAGAGAUGUCAUCCAACCAUGUGAGAACGUUGGAUGGCCAGUCGUACGUCUCGGUGAUCGGAUGCGUUAUUGAUUACCAAUACAUUGAAGUCAUUCACAGCUCCUCACAAAUACUCUUGGCCCUUGCUGGAUUCGUCUACGCCUGUUAUGUCAUCAGUGUUUCUACAGAGGUGGAUGACAGCUUUGAUUUUAUAGGUGGAUUUGAUUCUUUCUCCGUCUACCAUGUGCCUCAGAAACCCUCCCAUGUACUAUUAAAGCCAAUUUAUCUGUCUACGUAAGUGAAGAGUCUUUUCUACAACAAACGUUUCAGCUGUUGAAGGCUACUGCAAGAAAACGCAUGAGAUAUCGAAACAGCUGCUCAUCUGAUUCCACUCAUCACAUUCCAAGACAAUUAACUUUUUGAAAUUGAUUCAAUUUCUAAUAUAAAAGCAUUUUCUUUUAAAUUGCCGUAAUUCCCUUUGUCUAGACUUAAGAACUGCGCAUCUGAGAAGAAAGAUAUUGGGGCUUCAAGCAAGGAGCGAAAUGGAGAAGUCCAGUUUAGUCAUUUUGCAAAAUUAAGAACUUGGACCUUGAAAGAAAAAGAUGUUUUGUUCUUCAAUUUGCAUCAGAAGAGCUACUAAUUGCCUGAGGACAGAGGAGAAAUAAGAUGCCAAACUGCCAGGCAAACCAUGUCUCGAUGUUUUAGCAGCUUGUUUGUUCCAACAUUUCUUUCAAACAAGAACUUCUUCAGAUCUCAUUGGGUUUUUUUUAAACUGUGAAUUUAUUGAUUUGUGAUAUGCCAAGGUCCAGGAUUUGUGAUAUGCUGGCUUUCAGGUCUCGUUUCAUAAGGAGAACAUUUUUGCAUCGUUAGGUCAUUUUCUUCAGAGCUUUGACUGGAUCCUCUCCAGUUUUAGUGAUCGUUCAGAAGAAUUAAUGGCCGAUAGACCUCAGAUCCACUAUCUUUAGUCAUGAACUGUUUGUUCUGAAAUCCAGAAACCAAAAGAAUCUGCUCCAGUCAGCAUUGUUCACAACAUCAGGAUAUCUCAAAUUUCGUACAGGUGUCACACAGUGGUUAGAGCUGCUGCCUCGCGGCACCAGAGACCCCAGGUUCGAUCCCACCCUCAGAUGCCGUCUGUGUGGAGUUUGAAGAAGGGUCUCGACCUGAAACAUCACAUAUUCCCUUUCUCCCGAGGUGCUGCCUGACCCGCUGAGUUACUCCACCAUUUUGUGUCUAACUUGAGUUCAAAGGAUAGUCUGAUGGGAAGGGUGAUUUAGAGGUGACGCAGCGGUAGAUUUGCUGCCUUACAGCGCCAGAGUCGGGGGUUCGAUCCUCACCAUGGGUGCUGUCCGUCUGGAGUUUGUAUGUUCUUCCUGUGACCGCGUGGGUUUCCCCGGGUGCUCUGGUUUCCUCCCACACUCCAAAGACGUACAGGGUUGUGAUUUAUUUGGCUACUGUAAAUUGUAAACUGUCCCUAGUGUGUGUAGGAUAGUGUUAGUGUGCGGGGAUCGCUGGGUCGGCGAGGGCUCGGUGGGCCGUAGGGCCUGUUUCUGUACUGUUUCUCUAAACUAAACUCGAAUAAAGACGCAGAUCUUGACGUACAAACAUG